AUGAAUUCAUUUACAAGGGCUCUAUUUGACGAGUAUUUGAGAAAAACCGGUUGGAACCGCGGAAAUUUGUAUACCAAUUUAACGCAGUCCGCCGAUGAAGUACUCAAUCUAGAAAUCCCAAGCGGAAUCAAUUGCGAUUUAUCGUCCAUUCCGAGUCCAAAUUUUGCAUCCAAUUGGGAAAUUCAAAUGCUUCCUAUUUUAAAUGGAAGCGUAUCAUACUUAUACAGCAAUGUCGAUUUACGACUCCCUCAAAAUGUCUUUGGUCAUUUUGCUCAGCAUCAACAGAAAUUUCAGCAUUUGCUUCCUCCUUAUCGGCAUCUAAAAACGGAACUUACGGACAUGGGUUUCGAAAGAAAGCCUUACUUAAUUGUGUCAACCAAACGGGGUAUUCAUACCUCAACUUCUACUUUGCUGCAUUGGCAGCGUGAUACCGGUCGCUCAUGCACGGAAAUACUCUACAGUACCGACGAAGCAAUGAUUGGAUUCCGAAAACUGUGGAACAGUGGGAGGUUACAGCCCUCCUUGUUCGAAUCAGCAAACCUUACAAAAUUUGAUCCUUUCUGGAGUGUCGGAGCAGAGGUCUACUAUGGAGCGCUCACAAAAUGUGUUGGUGCAAGCAUUGGAGCUCGCUUGUACAGCUGUGCUAACGGAGUCCACAAUCCGUACUCAGUUACAUGCACCCUAAACCCGAUCGUUGGACAUCUUGUUUCCACUUUCGCUACCUCGCAUAACGAUACAAGGGUUCUCUGCUCUCAGUUUGAGUUUAAUUUGUAUUCAUACGAAAGCCGUCUAAGGUUGGGGAUGGAACUAUUCCAACGCAAACGACUGCUCACGAACGAGGACAAUCAUUCAGACGACAUCCGGCAACAAGGAAACGAUGGUGUCCUGCGUCUUAGUGUUUCCACCGAUGGAGACUUAGUCGUCGCGUGGAACGGACAACUCCGCGACUUUUUGAUACAGUAG